AUGGUGAUUAAGAGGAGGUUCAAUGGCAGAGUAAAAACAUGUUGUAUCCAUGAUCUCUUGAGGGAUUCAGUACGAAGAGAAGCUGAAAAAGAGAACUUCUUGUACGUUGUGAGCGAUCAUGUUGAUGUCUUGCCAGGGGAAGCAUAUUCCAACAGACGCCUCAUUUUGCAUUCUGAGAUGGUGGCCAUUGCCGAGCAAAGGCCUUCUGUUCCUUUUACUUAUUCCUUUCUCUGUUGUAUUGGAGCUGGACUUCCUCCAUUUACUUCUCAGUUAAGGUCUAUCAUUGGUUAUCUGGGCUUCAAACUACUGAGAGUUCUGGACCUAGGUUCGAGUAUGUUCUUCACGUUUCCUCUGGAAAUAGCACAAUUGGUUAAUCUGAGGUAUCUCACGCUCAACUGUUAUGAUGAGCUGCCUUCAUGUAUUUCUGAACUCUGUCAUUUGAAGAUACUGAUUAUCUCUUCUCACCUAGAAGGUCUAGCUCUACCAGCAGAUUCAUGGAAUAUGGCACAAUUAAGGCAUGUCCGUUUGACCAGGGGCUGCACAAUGCCUGAUCCCAUGGUUGCAUCAGCACUAGUUGAUGGAAAAAGCUCCAAAGUCCUAUUAGACCUACAGACUCUUUCCUAUAUAAGCUUUGAUCUAAUGUAUUGGGAAGCCAGUGACAUAAAUUUCCCAAAUCUUGAGUGCCUCCUGCUGUAUAAUUGCAAGAAUCUAAUCGAGAUUCCUGUUGGUAUAGGUGAUAUACCAACUUUGGAACUGAUUGAGUUGUAUGGAUGUGGAUCAUCAGCUAAUGAUUCUGCCAAAAGAAUUCAGCGAGAACAACAGCAGUAUAUGGAAAAUGAUGGACUCAAUAUGAAGAUUCACAACUCUCACAUCAUAAAUGGUAAGUUAGCAAUAAUAUCUAGGAACAAUUCACCACAUAGGCUAUUGAAACACGCGAUUGGCUUGAAGGUUGCAAUAUCAUGUAGUUCACUGCGAAUUAGUUUACAAAUACAGUUUACUAACAGUUGUGACGUAAAGGUCAUGCCUAAGACUGCCAAGGAGCUAUUACUGAACGGGGUAGCAGAGGACUUGGUAACAGUUCAGGUAUUGGAAUUGAAGACUUCUUGGUGGGGAGCCUUUUACUCCCUUAGUAGGCCUACCAGCACGAGUCCGGAUUAA